AUGUCUCAAACCACCCUCCGUGAACCCUCAGACCCCGAGCCUCCCCAUCUCAGCUUCCGCUCCUUCGUCAACGCCCUCCGCCAAGACAACGAUCUCGUCGACAUCGACGCCCCCAUCGACCCAAACCUCGAGGCCGCCGCAAUCACUCGCCUCGUCUGCGAAACCGACGACAAGGCACCUCUCUUCAACAACGUCAUCGGCGCCAAAGAUGGUCUCUGGCGCAUCCUCGGCGCUCCAGCCUCUCUCCGCAAGUCUCCCAGCGAGAGAUACGGCCGUCUGGCUCGCCACAUGGCCCUCCCUCCCACUGCCAGCAUGCGUGAAAUCAUCGACAAGAUGCUGUCCGCAAGCAGCCUCGAUCCCAUUGACCCAGUUGUCGUGCCCACCGGUCCCAUCAAGGAAAACUCCAUCGAGGGAGACGACAUUGAUCUGACCAAGAUCCCCGUGCCCAUGGUCCACCAGUCCGACGGCGGGAAAUACAUCCAGACCUUUGGCAUGCACGUUCUGCGCUCUCCCGACGGCAGCUGGACCAACUGGUCCAUUGCCCGCGCCAUGGUGUCCGGCAAGCGAACUCUCGCCGGCCUCGUCGUCAGCCCUCAGCACAUCCGGCAGAUCCACGACCUGUGGGAGAAGCAGGGCGAGACCGAGGUUCCCUGGGCUCUGGCGUUUGGCGUCCCUCCCAUCGCCAUCAUGGCUUCUUCGAUGCCCAUCCCCGACGGCGUCAGCGAGGCUGGAUACGUGGGAGCCAUUGCGGGAGAGCCCGUCAAGCUGGUCAAAUGCGACACCAACGACCUCCUGGUCCCGGCCAAUGCAGAAAUCGUGCUCGAGGGCACAAUGUCCACCACGGAGAGGCACCCCGAAGGCCCCUUUGGCGAGAUGCACGGCUACACGUAUCCCGGCGAGAGCCACCCAGGGCCCAGGUACACGACGAGACUGUAA